AUGUCGUCGGCUUCAUCAUCUAGCUCGUCCGUCCACGAAGAAGGCGGAGGAGGAGGCACGCACCCUCACCCACAACCAGCAGACUCCACGGCUAAACGACCCCGUCUACACUCAAGAAAAUCGAGCGGUACCAUCAUCGUGCCACGCGAGCACCCAAGAGUUGAGCUGAAGGAGGGCGACGAGGUAUUCGACGAGGAUGAUGCACGGGCUAUGAGUCCCAGGAGGAGUAGUCAGGACCUAGAGAAGAUGAGCGAGGAUGCAAAGGUGCAGCUGAAUGAACACGCCAAAAUCCUCCAAAAGUCCCUCCUCGAGAUCUUCAACCGCAUCGAAGCCGUGAAGGAAGAACAUGACAAGCUCGACAGCAACAACAAAUUCCUUCAGAAAUACAUUGGCGAUCUGAUGUCAACGUCGAAGAUCACAGCCACUGGCGCCGCAGGCGGACGGAAGAAAUGA